AUACCGGAUCUCACUUAUGACGGGUUGAGUAAAAGUGCAUACUUUUGGGUGGGAACGGGUCCACAGCCGAACUCAGCCGGAAAGAAGAUCCCAAAUGAGAGGGGAUAUAUCGAUCCGAUUGGCGCUUAUAAUGAAGAGACAAUUGUAUUAGAACUUCCGGGAGAGAUGACUAUCUUUGACAUCGACUUUCUGGCCAUUUGGGACGACGAGACCAAAGAGAACUUCGGAUCCGUUUUAAUUCCAGACGAACUAAACAUUCCUCCCUCUCUCACCAAAAUCAUUAAACACGAGUCACGUCUUCCUAAUUGCGAACAAUUGCAUCAAAAAUUACAAAUAAAUUGGGAAAUAUUUGGGCCGCAAAUCACUUUCCAAAUGGUGGCACAAAUUGAACCGAAAGAUUACAUCGCUUUUGGAUUAAGUGGCUCUAAGAACUCGUCUCAAAUGAUUGGAUCAGAUGUGGCCGUCUCUUAUCUCGAUGGCCAUUUGGGAUAUACUAAUGACUACAAUAUUAGCGGCAAAUUUCCGUGCACAAAUAUAUUUGGCAAUUAUAGAGGUGUCUGUUUGGACAGUCGGGUUGGAGGAGUAGACAACUAUCAAAUACAUCUCUUCGAAAGAGUGGAUUCGUUGACAAAAAUCACUUUUCGUCGAAACAUAAUUAAUACCGGAGAUGAGGGGGAUCUGGUAUAUGAAAAGAAUGGACAAUACAUUGUGUGGGCGAUCGGGAAACUCAAUUCAUUACGCGAACCAAACAUUCAUUACAUUUACCCGAAAGGAGACGUUAGGCUAGAAUUUGGCCGAAAGGCUGAGAAUAAUUGUUUUCAUUUCACUUCAUUGAAAGACUCCGUGGGAAUCAUUCAACCAAAAGCCAAACCCUGGGGACCCCUCCGACUACUGAACCGAACACUGACCACAUUUUACGCCCGAAUCGGCGACGCCGGGGGUUUAAAAGGAUAUUAUGGUUCGUCGGGUAGCGGCUCUCCGGGUAUGGUUUGGUAUAUAAACGGCUUAUUGGCGCCCAUAUUAUAC